AUGGAUUUUGACGCUUUAGCCAUUCAGUAUGGCAAGGACACGAAAUACAAAAACGUGUAUCCCACAACAAUAACGAAUGCGGAUAACACGAAACUGGUAAUUGGAACAAAGACGUUUAAUGCAUUAAUCACUUCAAGUCUACGUUUAGAUGUAUUAUUAUACCCAGAAACUAGACCAAGCACCGUAUCCUUUGACCUGAACGACAGUUCCCAAGCAAAAAAUACCACAAUCUUCAUCAAGGAAUCGGCUUGGAAAGAAGCAGCUGAAAUUGUUCCAAAUAACAAUGCAGCAUCCAUUGCUCCCUAUGAUUUGAUCUACCAAUUACGCCAACUGCGAGCUCGUUUUUACCAGCAAUCGACCUACUUUCUUUGUCGAGCAAACAACGAGAUAGUAGAUGAUCUGGCGGCUAGACCAUAUACCAUCUAUACUCUCGCAGAAUGGGAUAAUGGCAAUGACAAUGCGGAUUACCGUACUGCAUCCAAGCUUUUCCAAACAAUCGCAAUCAAUGUUAUAUGUGGGAAUCUUCGUUUAGAAAAAUGCACUUUAUCCUCGUUAUGCAGCAAAUUGAAGAUGGUGAGAACUGCCAUAUACAAAAUUUUUCAAUCGAUUUUAAAUCAAUUCUUUGAUUAUACUAUCUUCAUUGCCAUCAUCGACAACGAAUCUUUAAACCACGAACUCCAAAAACUCGCCAAUUUUCUAGCACCUGUGAUUACUAGGGUAAAUCAAUCGGUCAAACAAGCCGUCCUUCGGGCUUACGCUCGAUAA